AUGGCCAACACCCGGACGCCGAAACCCUUGCGACUAAUUACGAUGAACACCCCAAAGGGUCAAGAGGUCCAAAUCGUAGUCGAAGAGCUACGACUUUGCUACGAGGUGAACGUAGUUCACAUGGUCGUCGAUGUGCGGACCGGGAUGCAGAAACAACCUGGUUUCCUGAGGCUUAAUCCUAAUGGCAAAAUCCCAGUGCUCAUUGAUAACAACCAUGAUGCUAUAAACACGAUUGACAGGCCGUUCUGCGUCAUGGAAAGCGGUGCGAUCUGUCGGUAUUUAUGUUCGCGGUUUGACACCAAAAGGGUAUUCUAUUUUUCGGACCCCUGUGAAUUGUCCGAGAUGGAACAGUGGGUUGCGUGGGGAUUGUCAACGUUGAACCCGGCAACCGACGAGUGCAUCAAAUCGUUACGUCACAGCGAUCAAAGAGAUGAUAGUGCUGUCAAGUACUUGAGGGACGAGGUUAUAUUGGCGUACACUGAUCUCGAGAACCAUCUGCAAUCUGCUUCACCAUUGGGUACAAGAUUGUACCUUGCGGGCAAUGGCCAGGGGAAGUUUUCUAUAGCAGACAUGAUCAUCUGGCCCUGGAUAAACGUAAGCCACAUGUGUGGCUUGCGUGAAAUGAUUUGA